CGCGGAGCGGGCGGUGCCACCCCGGCCGGGAGCUUGCGGGCGGGCCCACCGGAGUCGCCAGACGCCGCGGGCGCAGGGCGCGGGGCCAUGGAGCCGGGCGCGGCGGCCUUCCUCGGGAUGCUCUUGGUCUGGGCGGCGCGGCCCUGGAGCCCGGCGGCGGUGGGGGAAGCUCAUCACUGUGAUGUCCCACUGGCGUCCACGUUGCCACGAGAGUCCUUCAGCAGCUCGUCGGAACUGUCCAGCAGCCACGGCCCGGGGUUUGCAAGUCUUAAUCGCAGAGAUGGGGCCGGUGGCUGGUCUCCACUUGUGUCAAAUAAACACCAGUGGCUGCAGGUCGACCUUGGAGAGAGAAUGGAGGUCACAGCUGUGGCCACGCAGGGAGGGUACGGGAGCUCCGACUGGGUGACCAGCUACGUCCUCAUGUUCAGUGACGGCGGGAGGAACUGGAAGCAGUACCGGCGAGAAGAAAGUGUCUCGGGUUUUCCAGGAAACACAAACGCGGACAGCGUGGUGCAUCACCCACUGCGGCCUCCCCUUGAAGCCAGGUUCCUGCGCUUCCUCCCCUUAGCCUGGAGCCCCAAGGGCAGGAUCGGGAUGAGGAUAGAAGUGUACGGAUGCACUUACCGAUCCGAGAUGGUUAACUUUGAUGGGAAAAGCUCCUUGCUAUACACGUUUAAUCAGAAAUCUGUGAGUCCAGCAAAAGAUGUUAUUUCUUUGAAAUUUAAAACCAGGCAGACUGACGGGAUUCUACUCCACAGAGAAGGACAAAACGGCAAACAUGUCACCCUGCAGUUAGUUAGAGGAAAGCUCAUCUUAUCACUUAAUUCAGGCCGUGCUAACCUGCACUCCCCUGACGCCCGUGUGACCCUCACCCUGGGCAGCCUGCUGGAUGACGAGCACUGGCAUUCUGUCCUCAUCGAGCUUGGGAACACGCAUGUCCACUUCACCAUGGACAAGCACAGUCAGCAUUUCCAGGCCGAGGGCGCGUGCGACUACUUGGAUCUUGAUUAUAAGAUCAGCUUUGGGGGGAUUCCUGGACAUGGAAAAUCAGCGGCAUUCCCACAUAAAGACUUUCACGGCUGCUUCGAAAAUCUCUACUAUAAUGGAGUGGAUAUCAUUGAUUUGUCCAAGAAACACACACAACAGAUCCUCAUCACGGGAAAUGUGUCCUUCUCGUGCUCACACCCACAAAUUGUGCCCGUGACUUUUUUGAGCUCCAGGAGUUACUUGGCUCUGCCGGGCACCGUCGGAGAGGACAAGGUGUCGGUCGCUUUCCAAUUCCGAACGUGGAACAGGGCAGGGCUGCUGCUGACCACUCAAUUCCAACACGGGCCAGAGGCUCUCGUCCUCCUUCUUAAUGAUGGAAAACUCAGACUGAGUCUCUCCCAGCCCGGACAUCCAGCGAGGGACGUCACAGCAGGUGCUGGAUUAAGUGAUGGGCAGUGGCAUUCAGUGUCCCUUUCGUUGAAAGGAAAUCACCUGAAUGUGAUGGUGGAUGGUGAGGUAGCCUCUGUGGCUCACUCCCUGCGUGGACAGAUUGAUUCAGGGGACACCUAUUAUUUGGGUGGCUGUCCUGACAGCAGCUCUGGCCCUGGAUGCGGAGGUCCCCUGGCUGGGUUUCAGGGCUGCCUGAGGCUCAUCUCCAUUGGCGACCAGGCGGUGGACCCCAUCACGGUACAGCAGGGGUCACUGGGGACUUUCCGUGACCUCCAGAUAGACACCUGCGGCCUCACCGACAGGUGUUUGCCCAGCUACUGUGAACAUGGGGGCGAAUGCUCCCAGUCCUGGGACACCUUUAGCUGUGACUGCACGCACACUGGAUACACGGGCGCGACCUGCCAUUCCUCUCUGUUCGAGCAGUCCUGUGACGCCCACAGGCACAGAGGGGACUCCUCAGGGUUCUACUAUAUCGAUUCAGACGGAAGUGGCCCGCUGGGACCUGCUCUUGUGUACUGCAACAUGACAGAGGACACCACCUGGACCUCAGUACAGCACAAUGGCUCCCAGUUGACCAAAGUCAAAAGCUCAAAUGGAGAAAGCCCCCAGCCCGUGUUUUUCAAGUACACGGCCAGCCUGGACCAGCUCCACGCCAUCGUGGACGGUGCUGACGACUGCCGACAGGAGCUGGUCCUUCGCUGCAAGAAGUCGUGGCUUUCAGCCAGCCGCGAUGGAACCCCAGUGAGCUGGUGGGUUGGAAGAACCAAUGAGACACACACUUACUGGGGAGGUUCUCUGCCUGGUGCUCAAAAAUGUGCUUGUGGAUCCCAGGGGAACUGCCUUGAUUCUCAGUAUCACUGCAACUGUGAUGCCGUCCGGAAUGAAUGGACCAGCGACACAGUAGUCCUUUCCCAUAAGGAGCACCUGCCAGUCACUCAGGUUGCGAUGAGAGACACAGGCCGACCACAUUCAGAAGCGGCUUAUGCGCUGGGGCCUCUGCUCUGCUCAGGGGACAAUUCAUUUUGGAAUUCCGCUUCCUUCAACACCGACACCUCGUACCUUCACUUCCCUACUUUCCGUGGAGAGCUCAGUGCUGACGUGUCUUUCUUUUUUAAGACGACAGCGCCUUCUGGGGUGUUUGUAGAGAACCUGGGGAUCACAGACUUCAUCAGGCUAGAGCUGCAUGCUCCUGCAGAAGUGACCUUUUCCUUCGAUGUGGGGAACGGGCGAUGUGAGGUCACAGUGCGGUCUCCCACUCCCUUUAACGACAACCGGUGGCACCACGUGAGGGCUGAGAGGAACGUGAAGGAGGCGACCCUUCAAGUGGACCAGCUCCCCAGCAAGACGCAAGCCGCGCCUGCAGAUGGCCAUGCCCGCCUGCAGCUCAACAGCCAGCUCUUUGUGGGCGGGACGGCCACCAGACAGAGAGGCUUCCUGGGGUGCAUUCGGUCGCUGCGGUUGAACGGGCUGGCCCUGGACCUGGAAGAAAGAGCCACGAUGACGCCAGGCGUGGACCCAGGCUGCCCGGGACACUGCGGCAGCUAUGGACACCUGUGCCGCAAUGGAGGGAGAUGUAGGGAGAGACCCAGGGGCAUCACCUGCGACUGUGCCGUCUCUGCGUAUGACGGGCCAUUCUGCGAGAGCGAGAUUUCUGCGUAUUUUGGAACUGGCUCGUCCGUUAUCUACGACUUUCAGGAACAUUCUAACUACACCACCAGCAAGAACUCAAGCUCCUUUGCAGCAUUACUUCAUGAGGGUCUGACGCUGGCUGGAGAAGUGGCCACACUGAGCUUCCGGACCACAGGGAGGCCCAGCUUACUCCUCUAUGUGAGCUCCUUCUACGAGGAGUACCUGUCCGUGAUCCUCGCCCCCAAUGGAAGUUUGCAGAUCAGGUAUAAGCUGGACAGGCACCAAGAACCUGAUGUUUUUAACUUUGGUUUUAAAAACUUCGCUGAUGGGCAGCUUCACCAGGUGACGAUUCACAGAGAAGCGGCGGUGGUCGCUGUAGAGGUUAACCAGAAUUCAAGGAGACAAGUCGUCCUGUCGUCAGGGACAGAAUUCAAUGCUGUCAAAUCCCUUAUGUUGGGGACAAUUUUAGAGCCUCCCGGCGCGGACCCGGACACGCUGCGGGCCAGCGCGCGCGGCUUCACUGGCUGCCUGUCGGCCGUGCGCUUCGGCCCCGCCGCUCCGCUCAAGGCUGCGCUGCACCCCGGUGGCCCCGUCGCGGUCACCGUGCACGGACACGUGGCCGCCGCGUCCCGCUGCGCUGAGGCCGUGGGGCCCGGAGCCCCGGCUUGGGAGGCCACCCGCCCGCUCGCAGGUGGCGCAGGUGGCUCUGGACCGACAGAUGGGGGAGAGCCCUUAGUUAGCGCUGACAGAAGUGGCCCUGCUGUCAUCGGAGGUGUGAUUGUGGUGGUGGUAUUUGUCUUGCUGUGUCUCACCGCCGUAGCCGCACGCAUUUAUCAACAGAGGUGGUUGUACCAAAAAAAUCAGUCAAAUGUUCCCCCGGCUGGAGACAGCACUGAGACGGCUCUGAAGAGUGAGGUCAACGUGCAAAGCUCAGUCACUGAGAGCCAGAGAGAGUACUUCUUCUGAAGGGCAGCGGCGGCUCACUUUGGGCUUUGGUGACUGGACUUUCUCGCUAAGUGGCGGCUCCCAGCGGAGGAAGCCCUCCCCCCCAUCCCCCAGACAGGUGGCCGUGCUGCAGCACCAUCAGCUUGCUUGCAUGCGGUCCUGGGAGGCUCUGCUCGGUGCUGCUUCAUGACCUGUGUGUGUAGAAGGACUCGGCUGUGCCCAUUAACCCCUGUGUGGCGAUGUCUGACUCUCUGGCCCGAUUGUUGAAAAUUCACACGUGGUUUGCAUAAUGACUUUGGGUUUGAAGUGAGAACAAGGAUGUGAGCUGUGGUCCUACUCUCUUAAAAAUGAGACCCGGAAGUUCAUAAAAGUCAAAAUUGGACCCUAGUGUUGUGUGUUGCGUGCAAAUGUGUGUUUUGCCUCCUUUAUCGAUCACCUGCGGAUGCUUCUAAGCCGGGAAGUGCUUCUCCAAUGGUCUUGGAGCGUGUUUCUAUCUUCGUGUGAACCAGAGCCCAUGGGCCAAAAGUGCACUAGCGACCUAGAAAAAAACUUUUUUUUUUGGCCGAUUGUUUUUAUGAUCUGUCUCUUUUUAGUCAGUUUGCAUACAUUUUUAGUGAUGAAAUGAAAAAUGAACAUCAGCUAUGAAAUUGUAGUAUUCGGUUCAUUUACAGAACAGAAAAAUUCAUAGGCAGCAAAGCGCGUAAAGUGUUCUAGUCUGUGCUACUUUGCCUUUUUUUCUUUGUAAUUCGUCAUUUUAAUCUUUGUAAAUUAUGAUGAAGAUCAGCUGACGAUCUCCCCAACAUGUAUAUUUUCUAACUGAAGUAGUGCCCAGGUAUAAACUCUGUCUUAACACUGCGAAUGUAUCCUUCCUCCCUUUCAUCCGAACGAACUUAAUCCUAAAUUUGUUUCUUUCAAAUGUGGGGUGCUGUGGUCACGAUGCUUUGCAGUCUUGUGGUUCUCUUGUUCUGAAGGUUGUCACAACAACUGGAUGUCUUGCGACUGUCUUUUCAUUACUUGGGGAAAGCCCUAUUUUGAACAAAAGCUCUCCAUUUCUUUUUUC